AUGCUUUGGGGACAGGCCGCGCGGCCCCUAAGCCCAGAGCAGCUAAAGGGGAUCGAGGAGCACAAAUACUCCUGCAGAGGGUCUUCAGUUUGCGAAGAGCAUUUGCAGAAAUUUUGGUCUUGGAGUCUUAUCCUCGCUGCCGUCUGUGUAUUCGUAUACCAAACACUUGAUGCUUUGGAUGGGAAACAAGCUCGGAAGACGGACACUUCAUCUCCUCUAGGAGAACUUUUUGACCAUGGCUGUGACGCCAUUUCCACAGGUUUGUGA